AUGCAACCAUUACACCGGGGGAAACAAGAAUAAUAAACACAGAUUUCCUCGAACAGAUAGCAAAUCAUCGCUAUGACAAUUUCCAUCGUCUGAGGCGGCAUAAAAUUCAAAAGAAGGACUCAGUGUCAUCUUUAAUGCACAUGAGUCGCAAGGAGAGAUUGAGUAAAACAUCUUUAUCCUUCUUUAAUGAAUACUACAGCCAUCAACCACAUAAGGUUUUUGUACAGCUUGACGAACUGGUAUCAAAUGGCAAUCAAUAUUUAGAAUGGAAAGAAACAGCACGAUGGAUUAAGUACGAAGAAAAUUUAGAGGAAGAUGCCAAUAGAUGGAGCAAACCUCACAUCGCACCUUUAUCUUUUCACAGUCUACUGACCUUACGGAAAUGUUUAGAGCAUGGAAUACUAUUGUUAGACCUCGAGGAGAAUGGUCUUCCAGACAUUGCUUACCGAAUCGUGGAAACCGUGGUUCUGAAUGAUCAAGUUAAGCCUGAGCACCAGGCAGAUAUGAUAAGGGUACUCCUUCUUCGUCACAGACAUGUGGACGAACGAAGAUUCACGCCAUUCUUUCGAGGGAAAAAUGUGUCCAGUCUCAGCCAUAUGGAACAAAACAAGUCGGAAGCGUCUGAAACCAAAUGUUCUGUUAUAGAAAGCUCUCAGACCCCUGUAGAAGAGCUGCAAUCAAAUUUACAGUCUGCGUCCACAGAAGUAUUUUCUCGAAAGAAGUCUAACAUCCUCCGACGUAUCCCUGAUGGGGCUGAGGCUACAUCUGUAUUAGUAGGUUCUCUAAACUUUCUGGAACGGCCUGUAGUUGUUUUCGUGAGGUUGGCCAGAGGUCAACUCUUACCAAAUGUCACAGAGGUUUCUAUUCCUGUUAGAUUUCUCUUCAUAUUAUUGGGUCCGACACAAACAGACUUGGAUUAUCACGAAAUUGGACGAUCGAUCUCUAGUCUUAUGUCAAACAAGCAUUUUCACGAGGUUGCCUGCAUAGCUGAGGAAAGGAAUGACUUCCUAUUUGCCAUCAAUUACUUUUUGACUAACAGUAUUGUUUUGCCACCUGGGGACUGGAAACGCAAUUCUCUCCUUUCAUUUGAGGAAAUUAAAAGAAAGAAUCAAGAGCUGAGACGACGAAAGAAUAAUAUAGAAAACAACGAUGAGGAAGGAAAACAUCAAACAACUUAUGAUCCCUUUAAACAUCACGGCAAAUGUUUUCAAGGUUUAAUUAAUGACAUUAAGCAUCGUUAUCCAUAUUUCGUCAGCGACUUUCUCGAUGGUCUGAACGUCCAGUGUUUAGCAACACUUUUUUUCAUCUACUUUGCUGCCCUCUCUGGAGCUAUUACAUUCGGAGGUCUGAUGGAUUAUAAAACCAACAACGUCAUUGGUGUUUCGGAAACUCUUGUCGUCUCUGCGGGUACUGGGGUUUUAUUUUCCUUGGUAGCAGGACAACCUUUAAUAAUUAUAGGAACAACUGGCCCACUUUUAUUAUUUGAUGAAAUAUUAUAUAAAUUUUGUUUAACUAAUGAGAUGGAGUUCCUACCAUUUCGUGUUUGGAUCAGCCUGUGGGUUGCAUUUAUCGCAACGGUUGUAGUGGCGUUCGAAGGAAGUGCGUUUGUUUCUUUCUUUGGUCGUUUUACACAAGAAAUCUACGCUGCUCUCAUUUCCCUGAUUUAUAUUUAUGAGUGUUUCUUCAAAAUCUAUUGGGUGUUCUCUACGAAUCCAUUGUUGGCCAACUACUGUACACUGACUACUACGAGUCCACUUGAAGACCCCUUAGUCAGCAACUGUGUUAACUCUUCGUGUGCACAGAAUUCUUCUGAUCUUCAUUCUCUAAAUAACGCAAAUUUGACGUCACUCUCUUUCGAAGAUUAUUCGGAUUCAGCGGAACCUCUUCGAAUCCAUCCAAAUACGGCUCUUUUUUCCUUGAUUUUAAUGCUGGGAACAUUUUUCAUCGCAUAUUUCUUGAGACACUUCCGUAACAGCAGAUUUCUGGGAAGAAAAGUACGAAGAGCCAUUGGCGACUUUGGCGUAACAAUAGCUAUUCUACUUAUGGUGCUAUUAGACUACUUUGUGAAGAACGUGUAUACUCAGAAACUAAGUGUCACGGAAGAAUUGCAUCAUAGUUAUACACUCGAAAAAAGCUGGAUCAUCUCACCUUUAGGGUUGGUUAAGCCUAUUUCUGUGCGGCAGAUAUUCUCUGCGUUCAUUGCUGCUUUGCUUAUUUUUAUUCUGCUCUUCCUGGAAAUUCAGAUUACCGAGCUGAUCAUCAACAAGAAAGAGAGGAAAUUGAAGAAAGGAUCAGGAUUUCAUUUGGACCUAAUGUUAAUCAGUUACAUGCAGAUAGGGUGUGCGCUCAUUGGAGGACCUUGGGUUUGUGCAGCAACUAUUCGAUCUCUGUCUCAUGUCAUCAGCUUGACAGUGCUGAGUAAGACGCACGCUCCUGGAGAGGUUCCUUAUGUCGUUGAGGUGAAGGAACAGCGUCUAACAAACCUCAUGGUGUCUGUUCUAAUAGGUUUAUCUAUUCUGAUAGCUCCAUUAUUGAGAAGAAUUCCAGUGGCUAUUUUGUUCGGAGUCUUCUUGUAUAUGGGGGUCUCAUCAGUAAGUGGAAUUCAGCUGUUCGAAAGGAUUCAGCUGUUGUUUAUGCCUGCUAGACACCAUCCUGAUGUUCCUUAUGUACGCCAUGUUCAGACCCGAAAGAUGCACAUGUUUACCAUUAUCCAGAUAAUCUGUCUGGUUGUCCUUUGGAUUGUGAAGUCUACCGAGGCAGAAAUGGCUUUCCCAUUUGUUCUGCUCAUGAUGGUACCUGUGCGAUUGCAGCUUAAGAAAUGUUUUACACAAAAGGAACUACAGGCGUUGGAUGGAGAUGAAACGAAACAAGCAAACCAAGAAGAAGAACCUGACAUCUACCAACAGAUUGUGCCUUGACAGAGUAGAAACAUCACUACUAUCAAUAUGUAGAAGUUAUUUUUUUAUGUUCAGUUAGUUCAAUGAUUUUUGUACAGUCAAAACUUAUACUCAUUGCUCUAAAUGAUACACUUAGAUCCAACAAAAGUUAUAUUCUUACUUUGAGAAACAAGCCGUUUGAAAUAUCUGGAAAAUAAAAACAUUUAUAGUUAUUAAUAUGAUUCAGAGGAAGACAGUGUGGCCAGAAUGUUUCCCAAUAUUAUUUCAAACUGUCAUUUUAUAAACAUUCGUUUACGCUUACUCGAACGACAAUUAAAGCCAAUGCUUUUCUUCUGGCGGAUAGCGCCGGAACGGCUUACCGGUACCAUUUAAUGAAUGGGCAGCAAAAACAAAUAAGACAUUACCUAAAAAUCGCAUCUUCUUAUAAAAUCGAAUGAUUAUAGUUAUGUAAUUUAUGAGUAAAUAUAGUACCCACAUCGUUAAAUACGUUACCGUAUUUUGUAUUGGGAUGGUGAUGGGGUGGGAUGGAAUAACAACUCCAAAAGGUUGUAGAAAAUAUAGAAGAGUUCCGGAACAACAACAAAAAAAAAGCACUGAUUAAAGUUAUUAACUAUAUUGUUGCGAUAGUAAAUCUUAUGCUAUUAAUGUAGUGUAUUUUCCAAUAUUGUUAACUUCAGCUUUAUAUAAAGACUGUAAUGUGAUUGAAUUCUAGAAAGUAAUAUAUAUGUAUAUUUACAAAUAUUUCGUAGCCAACUGUAAGUCUUUUUAUCUCAACGCCGUUUAGCAAAUAUACAACUACAAUACUCAAGACCAUGGUAAUUUUUUAAGCUUGUACUUUAGCAUCCGAAAGUUAAUUAAUAUCUUAUUUUGUACUUGUAUUUAAGGCAAAGCUACUAAGGCCAUGUUAGAGUGUAGGUUUGAACUUCUGCCCAGAGGAAAAGUAACCAAUCAGUAGCACCGUAUCGCCCACUGUCGACGUUAAGGGAUUGAAUGUAACUCUUAUAAUACAUACACAAAUUAAAGUUGGAGAAUAUUUUGUAAUAUCGCAAGGAUCCGAACUCAGCUUGCAAACUCCUAAAUCCAGAGCUCUACCACAGGGCCAACUGGUGCUCAUUUUUAAAAUUUUCUAUUGUUGUUACUUUGUUUCUCUUGAAGUUAACACAAAGCUACACAAUGGGCUAUAAGUGCUCUGCCUACCACGAGCAUCGAAACCCGGUUUAUAGCGUUGUAAGUCCACAAACAUGACGCUGUGGGGCUUUAUUGUUACACAAGCGAGGACUGUUUGUGCUUUGCUUAAACAUCAUGGACCUUGAAGACAUCUUUUUUUUACUGAAAGACUAAUCAUUUUAUCAAGGGAGAAAAUAUCGUAAUACAAAAUAGCUUUUCAAAGAAAAUAAUUUGGGAGCAUUAGGUUGUGUGUUUUAUUAAUUUUUAUGUUUGUUGUAAGUUUAGUUUGUCAUGUACUAUACUUUAUUUUAAUGUAUUUUAAAGCGUGGCCCUUUCACCAGAAAGAACUCCAACUCUGAGGAUAUAAAUAUUAAACUUUACGAAAGAACCAAUUAGAACUUCUUCUAGGCUCUUGUCUGUUGAUUUGAUUUUCAAUCACGGUCGCAUAAUUUUUAUCGUUAUGUUUAGAUACUUUAAUAAACUACUUCAUCUGAAGUAUGCUGGUUUCCGCAGGAAAAUAUGUCGAGUAAAUAGUGAAUAGUCCCACUUGAACGUGACGUGUAAAAUUAGCGUGCGAAAAUAAGAUAAAAUAUUUAGAGAAAACGAGAAGUUAUUGUAUUCAAGACAAGACAAACUGAUUUGUAUAUUAAACAUGGAACAUACGAAAUUUAAGAACUUUUCCAAAGCUACGCAACAGAUUAGAGAAAGAAAAGGGUGAAAAAAAAAAGUGAAGGCAAUUGAGAAAGUCUGAACUGUACUAAAAUAAAAACAAAGUUUUAUAUUUUAUUGCUAAUAGAUAUAUGUAUUAGGGGUAUGUGUAUCUCAUCAUAAUAGACCAUACGAUACGUAUCUAAAUACACAAGUUUACCAACGGUUUGUUACAAAGUUUAACAGUCUUGUCUGUAAUUUAUUAUCUAUAUUACUAGCUUUGUCUUAUUUAAGU